GUUCGGGCCACGUCGCAUUCGCCAUAGUUGUUGAAACGUGUAAACACACGGCCGGCGACUGACAGAUACUCCGACAAAAUGAACAUUUUUAGGUUAAUUGGGGACAUGUCCCAUUUAUUAGCAAUUAUAAUAUUGCUAAUUAAAAUGUGGAAAACCCGUUCAGUUGCAGGAAUAUCAGGGAAGAGCCAGAUUUUGUUUGCCUUAGUAUUUACCACAAGAUACCUAGAUCUAUUUACAUCGUUUGUAUCCAUCUAUAACACAUGUAUGAAGGUGUUUUUCAUCUCUGCUUCAUACUUUACCCUGUUCCUGAUGUACCACAAGUUCAAGGCUACCUACGACAGCAACCACGAUACUUUCCGCAUUGAGUUCUUGGUCGUACCGGUCGGAGGUCUGGCUUUCCUUGUCAACCAUGAGUUUGCUCCCCUUGAGAUUCUGUGGACAUUCUCCAUCUACCUGGAAUCUGUGGCCAUUCUUCCCCAGCUGUUCAUGGUAAGCAAGACCGGCGAGGCGGAGACCAUCACCAGCCACUACCUGUUCGCCCUGGGCUCCUACAGAGGGUUGUACCUCCUGAACUGGAUCUACAGAUACUACUUUGAAGGCUUCUUUGACCUCAUCGCUGUCGUUGCUGGAGUUGUGCAGACCAUCCUAUACUGUGAUUUCUUCUAUUUGUAUAUUACCAAGGGAAAGGGCUCGCUUCUGUUUACAAAUAAUGAGAUCGUAUUCAAGGACUCGGCGCCCCUUUUGGAAGUGUAGAGCAGUGCUUAAAGGAAAGAAGAUUUCAUUACCAGCUUAAGUUAUUUAGUGUGGGUUUUGGAUAAAACAAUUUUUUGAGUUUGUCUGUGUAUGGGAGACAAAUCGCCUGGACCGAUUAAAAUAGCAGUUUAUGCCAAGUCUUCAACAAGAACUAUCCCGUUCGGGUUUCAUGCAAAUGUGAAUAUUAUAUAGAUACAAAUUGGCAGUUACUGCACUAAUGUAUAGUUUGUGUAUUGCAUAGGUUUUCACGUAUCAUUUCAAGCAUGCAAAAGUGUAUGAGUGAUGGUUUACAAUGUUAAAAUGCUCUAUAUAAAGUUUUCAGAGACUGUUAAAGUUGUGAAACACAGAUUUUCCUAUUUUCAGGAGAAAUCCAUAAUGUCAGUCCACUACUAGUCAAAAGAUUUUUUGUUGUAACAAUUUCUUUUAAAUUUAGAUUUUUUAAAAUAAGAUAAGAUUUUUCUCUUGUAUAGGUGAAGGUUUUUCCAUAACUUUUUUUUUUCUAUUUUGGGGGUGCAUUUUACUUUCUUUGAGUGAAUAUUGGUAAAAUGAUGUGUUAAUUUGGAAUUUUCAUAACCCAAUAUGUGUUUAUCACUCCCGAGGAAUUUUAUAUUUGUAUAGACUGGACAUCUGUAACAAACAAUUGAUACAUGUUUAUACCUUGAAUUGUCAUGAGGCUGUUUCAUUUAAUUAAUAUUUAUUGUUUCCUGUUGCUACAGAAUGCUUAAUUAUAUCUCUACUACAUGAACUAAAAUGCAAAAGUAUUUUAUUUUAUAAAGAAAUUUCUAUAGUACAUAAGUGUUUUGAGCAAAUGUUUUUCUUGGUUGGAAAUUACUUGUAGCAUUGAAUUAUUGUAAAUAUCUAUGGAAAUUAAGUUAUAUUCAGUGUUACUAAUAAUGUUUGUCAGUUAUCCAAUGUGAAGACAGUGUUAAAAGAUAAAGACAGCAUAACAUUUGGGCUUAUGUUUGAAAUAUACAACUUGUCAAAAAACUAACAUAUAUAUAUACAUAUAUCAAUCUGCACUAGACUUUAUUUUGCCUGGUAUAAAUCACAAAAUUCCAUAUGCAUGCUGUCAAGGGUACCAUAUACCAUGUAAAAUAUGUGUAUCCAGAAUAGAUCAUUGUAGAAUGUCAUUUUAUAUAUUUAUGUGUAUAAGCUUCUUGCAUUUAGAGAGCGUAUGACAGAGUGGAGUGAGAAUUCGCCAUCAGUAACCAUUGGAUAGGAAGUGCUGUGUUUGUAAAACUGUCUUGUUCAAGUGUUCCGCGGUUUAUUAGAACUGUAUUGUUCUCUUUUAAUUUUUUGUUUUAUGAAUGAAAUGAAAAUGGAUAAAAUUGGAGAAAAGAA